ACUGCCACAAACAGGUCACAAAAAAGAACUCUCGUAAAAUGCAAAAAUAAAUAGUAAAUAAAGCGAAUCAUGGACGAGGUGGACAAGAUAAUCAUGCACCAGCUGCACCAGGUGGACGCCGCAAUCGAGCCGACGGACGAGCUGGCCGAAUUCACUCCGGAACAGGUGGUGCGGGCCGUCUCUGGAUGUCUGGCUGAGAUCCGUCCGGAUUUGCAGCUUCCCCGGACUCUUCCCGGCGGAGCGAUGGCGCAGCGCUUUGGCGUGGCCAGUUCCCUGGCGGAAGGAUGCAAGGAUAGUGGCUACCGUGGCGACAUCGGCUACCAGACUUUUCUGUAUCCGAAUGCUGUGGAACUCCGGAGAUUGUUGAUGUUUCUUAUCGAACAACUUCCACGGGAGCGUCAAGCAACGGAUGAGGGAGUUGGCAAGUCGCAAUCUCUCAGCCACCGGCAACUCCUGCAGCGGCAGAUCCGGAAGGAGCUGACCCAGCAACUCAAGACGCCCUGGGUUCCCCAGUUUGCCCGAUCCGUGGGCAAUCGCAAAUCCCACGGCUGCAGCAGUCUGGGCAUCGAGUUCCGGCCGAACGUCAAUCUCAGCAUUCCAUCCGCCAAUCCCGAGGAGCGCAGCAAGGAGCAGCAGCAGUAUUUCGACGAGCAGGCGCCCAAUCUCUUCCAGCAAACGGCCUCCAGUUCGGUGGAUCUCAUAGCCUCGGUGCUCCACAAGAACGAGAUGGAUAGAUGGGGUCAUGUCACGCCGGAUUCAGUGCUUCCAUUUUUAAGCAGCGAAGAACCAGCAGUGCCUUUGAUUCCCACAGUAAAACCUUCUUCCGGUGCGGCGGCCGAUGAAGAGGUUUCUCCGCUCCAGGAGUUAAGCAAUCAGGUUCAGGAAUUGCGUAUACAAUGCGAAACCUUGCUAGCGGAACGGAAAAAGUAUGCUGCUUCUGUGGCAACUCUUAAGCUUCGGGAAGCCAAGGCUAACGAGGAGAUAGUUCGCAUUCAACCAAUGCUUAAAAUAAACGAGCGUACUUCCUUGGUGCUGGCAGAUUCUGAGGAGAACCUGGCUAAGCUGGAGGCCCUACUGAAAGCCACCCAAAACAAAAGGCAAACGCUCACCCAGCAGUGGCAGGAUUACAGGAAACCGCUGCUGGAAAACCUAGAGACACUUAAAACCGCCAAGGAGGCCCAGGAGGUCCAGGGAAUCCGAAACAGUAUCGAGCAAUUGGAGCAGGAGCUGCAGGCCAAGACACAACAGCACAACGAACUGAAUGCCACGCUGCGGAACGCCAGUCAGAACUUGGCUCCACGCAAGGAAUACACUCGCCGGAUACACGAAUUCAUUGGGAACAUUCGCAAGCAACGAGAGGAUAUCUACAAGGUUCUGGACGACACGCGACAACUGCAGAAGCAACUCAACGUGGUGGGAGCUCAGCUGCAGCGACAGUUUAACUACACGGAUGAUCUACUCUUCCAGAGCGCCAAGCAUGAUCUCCAUGCCAAGAGGGCCUACAAGCUGUUGGCCCAACUGCACGCCAAUUGCAGUGAGCUGGUCGAGUGCGUCUCGCUGACGGGCAAUGUCACGAAACAGAUCCGGGAGCUAGAGGUCCAAAUCGACGGGGAGAAGCUGAAGAAUGUUCUGACCAGCUUGCAGCAAAUCACCGGCGACAUCCAGAAGUUCGAGCAGCACAUCCAGGAGCUGCAGGGCCAAAUAAAAGCCAUUGAGCAGCCGAAUGCCGGGAGUUAGUUGACCUCUUAUGCACUGGUGUCAAUUGCAAUAAACGAAUCCCAAUGCACGCCAAGCGUUCAUUUUAUUAUUAAUAAUAAUAAGAAAAUAAAUUUUACCCAAGAUAAAUUCUCAAA